UUCUAUCCAUAGUAGCUCUUUUUAUUAUUUCUAUUUAUAUCAUUUACAGCCAGAGGCGCUAUUCAGAUCACAGAUCAGCUCUGCAUUUUCUAUGCUGUAUCUACUAAAUGUGUUGUGUACGACGAAUGAACGAGUAAGAAAUAUUAUUCUGUGAGUUGGAAUCCCAUCUACCUUCUCAGCUGUCUUUGCCGGUUAUUUUUAGGGUUAUGAAACAAUAGGCAAGUCUCUGUCGCUUACGGAGCGCCAGUUCGAAACGAACAAUGUCAGGUGAUGUACAACCAAGAAAACGUAAAGACAAAAAACGAAAAAAAGAUGAUUUAGGUGUAGAGGAGCCUCGUGGGACAGCAGCUGUGUUUGGUGAAGGGGAUGUGUUUAUACACUCGCAGCAUGAUCAUGGAACUGGUGGACAUUGGUGUGCCAAGAUCAUAUUCUUUUCUCUAUUGGCAGUAUUAAUCACUCUUAUUGGAUUGAUCAUAUUGGAAAAUAGGGGUCUUACAGAAUUGGAAGCCAAUUCUGUUGAAUCUCGGUAUUCCGGUGUUUUGGAGGGUUGGCUUGAAGAUGCACCUGAUGAUGAUCACCAUGAUGAGCACACAUUAGAGCUUAAUCACCCUGAUGAUGAAAAUGAUCAUGGGGAUGAUCAUGAACUUGAUCACAAUGAUGAUGAUGAUCAUGAUGAGGAUGAAAACCAUGAUGAUGAUCAUAAUGAUGAGAAUAAUUAUGAGGAAACGGACAAUGAACAUACUGAAGAAGAUGAAGAUGAUGACCAUGAUGAACAACAGGAUGAUGAGGAUGAUGAAGAUCAUAAUAUAGAAGAAUCUGAUGAGCAGGACGAACAAGAACAGACAAUAUACAGCAAAUAUUUCGAAGGCAACAACGUCUACAACGAUGACGAUAAGGAUGGAGAAGAAAAUAAUGAGGAAAACGACGAUCUACAGACAGUAGACGAAGAUGAUAGUCAAGAAACUAAUUUAAAUCAGUAUGAUGAUGAUAAUGACAGCAGUGAAAAUAAUAACGACAUUGACAAUGAUCAAAGCAUUGAAGAAAAUGAAGACGAACAACAAGAAAAUUAUAACAGCCAGAAUGAUGAGGAUGAAGAACAUGAAGAAGAAGAUAAUGAUGAGGAUACAGAAGUGGAGUUAGAAAAGAUCGAGAGAGAAUUGCCUAAUGAAGAACCAAUAUCAACUGAACUGCCGGCGUUACCUGAAGAAGAUAUUGACGAUGACAAAAGCCAAGAAAUAUCCGAAGAAUUCGAAGCCAGCAAAGAAGAUAAUGAUGAACCUGAUACAGAAGAAGAAUUUUUAGAAGCUGACGAUGAUGAGCCCCCAGUGGAACGCAUAACUGCACCAGCCGGAAAGCCCUAUGUGGAGGUAGAGGAAGAAGUGUCAUCUGAGCAGCCUCCAGAUACGCUCAACGAAGAAGAAGAGUAUGAGAAACAACAAGAAGAACUUCGCCGGGAAAAAGAAAAGUCAUCACACCUGUGGCUGAAGCUGAGUGUGGGCGGCGCUUUGCUGGUCGCCACACACGCGGUCAUACGGCGGGCUACAGCGCCGCGCGAUGAACCCGCUAGUGAAGAGCGUUCUGUUAGGGAAGAGACGCCUCUGUUGGAUAGACGUAUGACAUUGAUACCAGAAGAUUUUCGUACACCUGCCCAAAAAACAAUAAUUGCGGAGAGUUCGCGGCCAAUCGUUGAGGAGGCAAAAGCGCAAAAAAUUACACCACAGUUGAAAGCACCAACUCCUCCACCUCAAGAGGAAGUUGAAGAAGAAGAAGAAGAAAAACAAAGUGGUGAUGAGGACAUUGAACCUAUCAAGACGUCUGAAGAACAAAAAGACAAAGAACUGUAUAGUGACGACGAAGAAGCCGAAGAAGAGGAGGAGGAAGAAGUAGUAAUAGAAAAAAAGGAAUCAGCAAAAGAGAUUUCAAAAGUCGAAAAAAAAUCUAUUCCUCAACCAGAGACAGAACAAGAAGAUGACCCGGACGAUGUUGAAAUAAUCGAUGAUGAGCAACUAGAAGAAGAACUAGAAGAGGAAGAGGAUGAUAUCUCGGAUGUUGAUGACGUGGAACUUUUAACCCGUCUGGAAGCUAAAUACGGUCGCCUGCCCGAACCCGAGAGACCUGGACAAAAACAUAAAGACGGAGGUAACAGCAUAGAAGACCAGUGGCCGGGUGAACCAAGCGACCCGUUCUGGCGCCAAGAGCUCGAUUCUGUUGAGGAACAACUCCAACAGGGCUCUUGGGCAGCGGUUGCGGAGAGAGCAGAAGCAGCAGCGGCAACGUUGCGCGACAGUGCGCGCGCGCAGUGGCUCGUGGCGCGCUUGCUCGACUUGCAGGCUGAAGCACGCCGCGACAACCGCCUCCUGUCACGGGCAAUCACCGCAUAUCUACACCUGCUCAAAAUGAAUGAACGCCUAUCCGAUAAGAAACUACUAGAAGUUACUAACCGAGCAUUGGACCGAAUUAAGUUCAGAGGAAGUUACCUAAGUGCAGAGCCUGUUUACAAAAUAUUAAUACGCAGAUUCCCUGAUAAGCUGGAGUACCGAAAUAACUUGACGAUCUCCUUUCUUAUGGCUAACAGGGCUGAUUUAGCUGAGGGCGUACUUAAAGAAACUUUACAACUUUGGCCAGAUGACCGGGUUGCAUUGGCCCAUUACGGAUUCAUUUUGAAAACUCAACAUAAUAGACUAGAAGAAGCUCUAGCCGCUUUCCAAAAAGCCCUCGAAGGGGACGCCGGUGCUGCCAACGAGCCUCGCUUCUAUUACCACUAUGGUGACACAUUCUUAUUACUCGGUCGACAUGCAGAGGCACAUGAGGUUCAUAAAAAAGGAGCAGCACUAGGGCAUUUCUUAUCUCCGGCACAGCGCUCUUUAUACAACGUACCCCGGUUAAAAAGUAAACCAUGGUGGAACAUAGAUGAAACGCCGUACGCAAAGCUUGCACGUGCUUUAGAAAAGUCAUGGAGGGAUAUUUUAAAAGAAGGCGAAGCUGCUAAAGCUAUUUACGAGAAAGAAAAAGAAGGGCUGAAAGAGCGCGGCGAAUGGUCGCAGUUAGAUUUGUUUGUGCGGGGUCAGGAAAUCCCAAAUAGAUGUAAGAGAGCGCCAGUGACUUGCUCGAUAGUGCGAGCAGAGGCAGCAGCAGUUGGCUGUCGCCGCGGGCAAAUCAAGUUCAGCGCCAUUGAGCCAGGCACACAUGUACGGCCGCACGUCGGCCCGACUAAUUGCCGUUUGAGAAUGCACUUAGGUCUAAGCAAUACCAAAGAUACGUUUAUAAGAGUCGACCAAACAACUAGGCAGUGGCAAGUCGGUAAAGUGUUCAUGUUCGACGACAGCUUCGAACAUGAAGUGUGGCACAACGGAACCGGCACAAGGCUGGUACUCAUCGUAGACGUGUGGCACCCCGACCUCACACCAAGCGAGAGGCGAACUUUACCCGCCAUAUAAGUGGCAUUUGAAUUAUCAAUCUACUGACGCCUCGGAUCGGGCCAUAUCUAUAUAAUAAUAUACUCCUUUGCAAAAAAAAAGGGGCACUUUUACAGUAACAAGAAGAGCCAAAUUUUAGUUUGAAUUACAGACCAAAUAUUACUCUUAGUAAAUGAUAUUUCACUUCAUUUCUGGUUAUUCGAAAACGUAAGCGCCCCUUUUUUUUAAAGGAGUUUAUAUAGAUAUCCAUUUAAAUGAUAAGCAGUAUAUAUUGAUAGUGUGUCGGAUUGAAUGGUCGACGGUGGUCGAAUGAUAACCGGUAUACUUUGUUCAAACUAACCCUUAUUUCAAUAUUAUCGGUAUAAUUAGUCACGUUAGUAAUUUAUAUAUUGACAGUGGAAUAUUGUAGUCAUACAAAUGUAUAAAAUAAAGUCAAUAAUAUUUAUUUAUGACUACUUAAUUGUUAUUCUAUUGAAUCAUACGUAAAUAGUAGAUUGGCACCUAGAUAGUGUUUUAUUGAGAUUUUUGAUGAGUGAAUGAACUAUAUAAAGCGAUACCGGAAACAUAAUAUAAGUGCAUUUUGUUUAACGAACUACUGUAUUAUAAAUAAUAUUUUGUGAUAAUUUUCCAAUUGUUCUAAGAGUCGGAUUGUAUUUUUAGAAAUUAUUAUAUUGAAAUACAAUUUCAAUGCUCGGUA